AUGGACGCCUCCACACCGCUCACCGCAACCUCCCAGUUCAUCCAAGCAGAUGACGACGACGACUUGGAUGAGGAUUCCAUCCCCGGAUACUCGCACCCCGACCCAAUAUCUCCUCUACCCGACAAGGGCAAGGCACGCGCUCCCGAACAGCUAGCAUCACCUUCCUCCCUACCAACUAUCUCUGGAAACAUCGGGUCCUCAUCGGGCGCGCCGAGGCAGCCCUCAACAAGACAGACCGUCGGCGGGUUGCGAGUUGAAACACGAACGAGCGGGGCCGAUACUCUGGACGAACCCAUCACGGCCACCAUUGGUCGGGAUUUGCUAUCCAUUUACAACAAGCUAGUUCAAGUGCUAUACCCUGUGCGCAAGGGGACAGGCAGAGAAGUUCUCAGAGAUUGGGACCUCUGGGGGCCGCUUAUAUUAUGCUUGCUUCUUGGGAUUAUGCUCAGUGUGAACGCACCUCCAGAUCAAGCCCUCGGUGUUUUUACCUCAGUUGUUGUGAUCGUAUGCGUUGGUUCACUGAUUGUGACUAUACAGGCAAAGCUCCUGGGAGGUCGAGUAUCAUUCUUCCAGGGCCUGUGUGUGCUCGGUUACUGUGUGGCGCCGCUUGACAUAGCUGCCUUCAUCUCAUGUUUCGUGCGCAUCAUCUACGUCCGGGCACCAAUUGCCAUCCUCGCCUGGGCUUGGUGCAUAUGGGCCUCCGCCAAUUUCCUCGACGGAACAAAAAUGGAUCCGCAGCGCAUUCUCCUUGCUGUAUAUCCUCUCUUGCUGUUCUAUUUUAUCUUGGCUUGGAUGAUUCUUAUCCAAUGA